GCACCCAUCUCCUUCUUCCUUCUUCCCUUUUCUCCUUCCCCACAUUCUUUUCAGUCUUCUUCACUCCUCUGCUGCUGCUGACGCUGCCUCCGUCGUCGUUAGUUCCCCAGCCGCCGUGUCCGCCAUCGCUGUUGUUCCAUAGCUGCCGGCUUCCCCAACCACAGCACACUUCGCCGCAGUUCACGGCAGGUUUGAGGAAAAAGCCAAGAAAAAAAAAAGUCUCAACCGCCGGUUCGACUGCAAAUCGGCUAUUUGAACACGGGUUGAAAAAAUGUGGAGCUGAAACCAAAACCGUUUCAAAACCAACACCCCUUCUUGCAGUUUCAUAUUCAGCUUUUAGCAAUAUGUAGGAAACGUUAUUGCCAAUAAGGCUGGAAUUUGAAGGGUUCCAACCAAUAUUAAUGGCGGAAUGUGAAGGGUCUAUACAAUAUGUUAAUCGAUGAAUGCCUGCCAUUUCUUUCAUGAAAGUCGACAGCAGAAACACUAGUGAAAUCUAGUGAAACAAUAAUAUUUUAUUAGCUUGAGAUGGGUAAUCGUCUUCAUGCUUAUUUUACAGCGGCUUAGACUUUGUCCAAUAGUUACGCUGUAUACCAAAUGUCUUCCAAGGUAAAUCCAAGAAAAGACAAAGCAGCUACUGGAGUGGGGCAAGAAAGCAAAGAUAUUGAAGACAUUCCAUUUCUCUGCGGGAAGCCAUAUUUUGAUGUAGUUCUUACACCAACCAAUGUCGCCCCACGAUGUGAUUUUAUGAUGCCAGCUAAAUUUACUACUCGUCUUCCUGCUGCUAAUGUCCCGGCCGCGUUGAAAUACAAGCGCGCCAAGUGGGAUGUUUUGUACUUGGGCAGUAAUGCUAACCCAAGGUUCAAUUGUAAAUGGAAGGUUUUUGUAAAUGAUAAUAAACUUCAAGCUAAUGACGUUUGUGUGUUUGAGCUCUUGGAGUCGAGUUCGACGGGUAUUAAGUUCAAAGUUCAUAUUUUGAGGCAUGAGCUCCCUCCCCAACUCCAAUCAUUAGGUCCAGUUGGUUCUUCGUUUGAAAAUCCUGUGCUUAUUGGAUAGAUAUGUGUCGAUGCGAUGACUUUUUGUAAUUUAUAUUAUGUUGUCAUGCUUAAUAUUGUUGACAAUAUUGAUUUCUUUAUUUAAUUCUCAUAAAACAUAAUGCAAGUUGAA